AUGACCGAAGAACGCAGCCCUCCGACCCUUCUUACGAUCCCACCCGAGAUUCGCGAAGAGAUCUAUCGCCUGAUCUUGCACCCCGAUGCCAAUCGCCAAUACCUCGACAACGACUACACCUCUUACAACUACGUUGCAGCCCUCGUGUUGUUCCGGAUCAACCGCCAGAUCUAUCUUGAAUCGCGAAAGGUGUUCCGGGACCUCAAUGUCUUCGUACGGAUCGAAACGCCAUGGCCCGAGGCUCAACAGCAUGUGGCGUACGAGGGACAUGUGCCCAUUCUGGUCACAAAAGAGAAGGCUCUCCAGUUUAGCAAUCACAGUUUGAACGUCAGUAUCGAUGCGCCAGAUCAUGUCACAAUGGAAAUCGACACGGAGCGGUUCAUCGUUCUGCAAGAGGAUCUGCCCAAGUUCACUAGGAUGUGGUACUAUGCAGACCUUUCAUACCCUGGUCUUAAUGAACGAUUGCGGCUGAAGUUGGAACUGCGGGAUCCAUUCGCUCGUGAAUGGGAAGAGCAGAGAAUGACUAAGUUGGUGCAGCGGAAAUUACUUCUGCCCUUCGGCGAGGUCAAAGGACUGGGCGAUACUAUCUUUGAGGGCGAUCUCAAGCCGUACGGAUCGAUCGAGCAAGAGUUGCGUUCUGCGCAGAGAGAGCACCACAGGAGCCCGGAGCACUGUCUGAGAGAAGCAUCGAGGCUGAAGUUUGAGGGAAAUGCACAACUGAAAGAGGGAAAUUACCACGCUGCGCUGCAGCUCUACAAUCAGGCCUGGGAAGCAAUACACGUCGUGAUCAAGGGCAGGAAGAGACACAUUCACGGCGACAUUUUCUUCGGCCGUGAGCUCACGGAGGAGCCUUUCGUUGGGAAGAAUGGACAGGCUGAGCGUCUCCUACUGCGUGUCCACCUCGUAGCAAAUACUUGUCUGGUGUAUCUGAAGCUUGAGGAAUACGAAGAGUGCUACUACUGGGGCAUGCGAAGCAUCGAAAUGCUGCGAGAAGCCAUGGGCGUAGACGGCAGACGGAGCAUUUCUCCAGAAGAUGAAGCCGUGCUUGAGUUCCCAGGUAGAGAUCAGAUGGGAAAGAUCUAUUACCGCACUGCUGUGGCGUCCAAGAUGAUGGAUGUUCUGGACGAGGCGAGAAAGCUGCUGAGGGUGGCCAAGAUCUAUUUGCCGAACGAUCAGAACGUCGACAAAGAGAUUGCUGCCACGGCGCUGAGGCUAGCAUGA